ACGACAACCUCCUCCAUGGCUCCAAAAGCUUCCACCACUUGACAGACAGAGGAGAGUUGUCCGCGGCGAGAGCUCACUCGGGGCAGCUGCUCGUUUUUGGCUCCUUCGAAGUAGGACGGUCGCACGACGUGAAGAGGAGAAGAGGGUGUGUGGUCCUGACGGGGGGGGGCUCUCUCUCUCUAGAAAGACUCGUUUUUUUCUCGUUUAAAAUGAAGCGGGGGUCUUUCUAGCUUCUGGGUUUUGAGGAGGGCCAUCUUUUUGCCGAUUCAGUUGGUUGGCAACCCGUGAUGAUGGCGGUGACAUCGGCCUGUAAGGACAAGAUGGGGAUCGACAACGGGAAAUAUGUGCGGUACACGCCCGAACAGGUUGAAGCUCUCGAGAGGCUGUAUCAUGAGUGCCCAAAGCCAAGUUCUUUGCGGCGACAACAGCUGAUUAGAGAAUGCCCGAUUCUCUCCAAUAUCGAGCCGAAGCAGAUCAAAGUUUGGUUUCAGAAUCGAAGGUGUAGAGAGAAGCAGAGAAAAGAAGCAUCACGCCUUCAAGCGGUGAAUAGGAAGCUGACUGCAAUGAACAAGCUUUUAAUGGAGGAGAAUGAUAGGCUGCAAAAGCAAGUGUCACAGCUGGUGUAUGAGAACAGUUAUUUCCGCCAGCAGACUCAAAAUGCAACCCUCGCCACCACUGACACGAGUUGUGAAUCGGUGGUGACCAGUGGUCAGCACCAUUUGACUCCUCAGCAUCCACCAAGGGAUGCCAGCCCUGCAGGACUUUUGUCCAUUGCAGAGGAAACUUUAACAGAGUUUCUAUCGAAGGCCACUGGAACCGCUGUGGAGUGGGUCCAAUUGCCUGGGAUGAAGCCUGGUCCGGAUUCCAUUGGAAUCAUUGCUAUUUCUCAUGGUUGCACUGGUGUGGCAGCACGUGCAUGCGGCCUCGUGGGUCUAGAACCUUCAAGAGUUGCUGAUAUCCUCAAAGAUCGGCCUUCGUGGUAUCGUGAUUGCCGAGCUGUGGAUAUUGCAAAUGUGCUGUCGUCUGGAAACGGUGGGACUGUCGAAUUGCUGUACAUGCAGCUCUAUGCGCCUACCACUCUGGCACCGGCCCGUGAUUUCUGGUUGCUGCGCUACACGUCUGUAAUGGAGGAUGGGAGUCUUGUGGUAUGUGAAAGAUCGAUUAACAACACCCAAAAUGGUCCUAGUAUGCCUCCUGUGCAGCAUUUUGUGAGAGCUGAAAUAUUGCCCAGUGGAUAUCUGAUCCGGCCCUGUGAAGGGGGUGGAUCGAUAAUUCAUAUCGUUGAUCACGUGGAUUUAGAGCCAUGGAGCGUGCCUGAAGUAUUGCGCCCACUUUACGAGUCGUCAACUUUGCUCGCACAAAGGACAACAAUGGCGGCUUUACGCCAUCUGAGGCAGAUUUCUCAAGAAGUUUCCCAGCCGAAUGUCACUGGUUGGGGAAGAAGACCUGCGGCACUGCGUGCUUUAGGUCAGCGAUUGAGCAAGGGUUUUAACGAAGCUGUCAAUGGAUUUAUGGACGAUGGUUGGUCUAUGUUGGAAAGUGAUGGUGUCGAUGAUGUUACUCUUCUCAUCAACUCAUCGCCGGCCAAGAUGGCAGGCGUGAACCUUUCUUAUGCAAGUGGUUUUCCUUCUAUGACUAGUGCGGUCUUGUGUGCAAAAGCAUCCAUGCUGCUGCAAAAUGUGCCUCCAGCAAUUCUCUUACGGUUUUUGCGAGAGCAUCGAUCAGAGUGGGCAGACAGCAGUAUUGAGGCGUAUUCUGCCGCGGCAAUUAAAGCUAGUCCAUGCAACAUGCCGGGGACACGAAUUGGAGGCUUCGGGAGUCAGGUUAUUCUUCCGCUCGCUCACACAAUUGAGCAUGAAGAGUUUAUGGAGGUUGUUAAACUUGAAAACAUGGGCCACUAUCGGGACGACAUGAUUAUACCCAGUGACAUCUUUCUCUUGCAACUUUGCAAUGGAGUGGAUGAAAACGCUGUUGGCACAUGUGCUGAACUUAUUUUCGCUCCAAUUGAUGCAUCCUUUUCUGACGAUGCACCCAUUAUUCCUUCGGGAUUCCGCAUCAUUCCUCUUGAUCCAGGAGCGGAUGCCUCCAGCCCAAACCGGACACUCGAUCUUGCCUCAGCUCUUGAUGUUGGGCCUACGGGCAACAAAGCAGUCGGCGAAAAUUCUGGUCAUAGUGGAAGCACCAAAUCUGUGAUGACUAUAGCCUUCCAAUUCGCAUUUGAAUUACACCUUCAAGAUAAUGUGGCAUCCAUGGCUCGUCAAUACCUCAGAAGUAUUAUAGCAUCUGUUCAGAGAGUGGCGUUAGCACUCUCACCCACGAAUUUGGGCUGUAAUGCAAGUCUUCGCCCGCCACCCGGCUCUCCUGAAGCGCAUACGCUUGCCCGUUGGAUAUGCCAAAGCUACAGGUCCUAUCUCGGCGUGGCAUUACUCAAGAAUGAGGGUGGUGAUUCUUUGCUAAAAAAUCUAUGGCAUCACUCCGAUGCAAUCCUAUGCUGCUCUCUCAGAGCAGCACCGGUUUUCACAUUUUCUAACCAAGCAGGACUUGACAUGCUGGAAACGACCUUGAUUGCGCUGCAAGACAUUACCCUGGAAAAGAUUUUUGACGACAAUGGAAGAAAGACUCUCUGCUCGGAAUUCCCCCAGAUAAUGCAGCAGGGUUUCAUGUGUCUCCAAGGUGGUAUUUGCCUGUCAAGUAUGGGGAGGCCGGUUUCCUACGAAAGAGCGGUAGCUUGGAAGGUGUUGAAUGAAGAAGAGAAUGCUCACUGCAUCUGCUUCAUGUUUGUCAAUUGGUCUUUUGUCUGAAACUAAGCUAUGUUGAAGAUCUAGUGCGAAUGGCUCUCUUCUUUUGUCCUCUUUUUAGGCGAUAGAGAAAUCACGAACACGGUUAGUUUUAUGGUAUUAGAAGCGACACUGGUCUAGAAAUUUUUGUCCUCCUUUCUUAUACUUUGUUCGGUGCCCUGUUUAUGUAUUAUUAUGCCUGUGCUUAAUUAUAUUUUUUCUUCGUCGGGA